AAGACCGUUAUCAACAUGAACCCUUACAAAGAUGUUGAGGAGAGUUCCUUUACGGCCCCUCCUCACCUAAGUUAUGAGGACGUAGCCACGAAGCUGCUGAAGGACCACUACUUCCUUACAGCCUUGGAAUUGCACACGGAGCUAGUGGAGAAUGGCAAGGAGCUUCCUCAGUUAAGGGAGUUUUUCUCGAAUCCUGGAAACUUUGAACAACAUGCUUCUAGAGCUUCAGAUUUUGGCUCCAUGCACCGGACCCCCAGCCAGGCCACAUUGGACUCUUUAGACACAGCAAGAUAUUCAGAGGAUGGUGGAGGGGACCGUGGAGGCAGUGGGGGAGAUGUAGCAGUCCUAGAAUUUGAGCUACGCAAGGCUAGAGAAACCAUCAAUGCACUAAGGGCUAAUCUUACACAGUUUGCUGAUGGAGAUUCUGCCCUAGACAAGACCUCAAGAGAUAAAUUUAACCAGCGCUAUUUAAAGCCUCAUGAGAAGAAGGCCCUCAAUUUCCUCAUAAAUGAAUAUCUCCUACUCUAUGAUUAUAAACUUACAUCAAUCACUUUCUCUGAUGAAAACCCAGAUCAGGAAUUUGAAGAUUGGGAUGAUGUUGGUCUAAACAUGCCUAGGCCAGCCAGUCUGGCAUCUCUAUUCUGGGGUAAUGCAGGUGGUCUGAAUAUUCCAAAAGCUGAUGCUGCUACUGAAAUGGAUAUUAAGACCUGUGAAGUAGCUUGUCAGACAGAUGUUGACGAGAAUGUGUGUGUCAGCUGCCAAACUUCUGUUGAUAAUGAGACUGAUUGGAACCAUGAGCUUCUAAUCCAAGCAGAAGAAAUAGAACUUUUGAAACAAAAAGUAAUAGCUUUAGAGACUGAGAAACUGAACUUCCAGAAACUCUAUGAUGCCGCUAUAGUCAGUUUAAACUCCCUUACAAGUCCCACAUCGGACAAUAAAUGUUUAGAACUUCAAAUACCUGAAGAGAAACAAAUAUCAACUCAAGAUCAGAUUGCGAUAGAUAAGACAAUGUGUAUGGUGAAUCAGGCAAGUGUCAAUCGAGUGGAUCAAACUGAAUGUACGCCCAUCACUAGUACUGCUGCCGAAAAUCACUACGGAAGCAGUAACUCGACUAACAGUGCAACGCCAGAACAGUUUGAAAUGAUUGAUAAUGAAAAAAACAGUGGAACAACCAGAAAAGAAGGCUCAAACGCCAGCUCAUUUGAUCCCGGUGUGAUUGGAGACACGAGUGCUCGCGACUCGCCUUUACGACGCGGUAGUGUAACCACGUUGGAUGAAACGCUCAGUAUAAAUGACGCCGGCGAGUGGACACGCGUGCCAUAUGAAUACAACAGCAUUGAGACUUGCAGCAAAGAAAUGUGGAUAGACAGCGGUCUACCAAACAGUAUGAAAGUGGCAAUUUUAAACUGGUGCUGUGAGACAUUGAACUUGAACGAGCCUUUAGCUAAUGAUCUUUUGGCAGAGUUGGUUACCAGUGAUAAACCUAUUACAUUGUCUGGUCUACUCACUUUGGUAGUCGACACUUUACUUAGGAUAAUCCCACAUACAUUGGUAGCGCGGCGUUGCGAAGCGGCAGCUCUGUUAGCCGCCAGCGCAGCGCUGCUAUCGCCGGGUGACGCGCGGCGCGCACGCACGUUGCACGCCCUUCUCACGCUCGUCAAACGGCCUACCAAACAGGACACAAGGGCUAUUUGCGAAGCAACAUGUCUCGUGGUGAAAUGGGGCGGGAGCGGCGAAGUUCUAUCAUCUAUUGCAGAGCUACUAACUUCAAAGUCUGCUGAACGAAGGAUAUUAGCCAGCCAAAUUUGCAUAGCAAUUGCACCAUACGUGCCUAUAGAACUCUGCACCUCGUUACUACUUAGCCUCGUAUUACUCAUGUGCGAAUCUAGCGAAGCAGAAAUAAGGGGCCUAGGGCUCAAAUCUGCGUGCCUAAUUUGUCCUGUUGCGGACCAUACGAAGUAUGGACAAUUGGAAAAUCUCUUGUUUAGCUUUUUGAAAGAUCCUUUUGAUAAAAAUGUUAAGGACACUGUUAAUAUUUUCGUUCCUGUGUUGGCUCGAAGUGCUUCAAUCGCAGGAAAAUUCUCCUCGGAGCUUUGUAGUCGUGUUAUGUCAAAUCUAGUGAAAUCAAGUACGGAAAACGAAUGGAAGUCUGUUAUAUUGUAUUUAGAGAUUAUUGAACAAUUAGUUUUAGCGCAAUUGGCGUAUGUGAUCAAUGUACAAAUAGUUAGAGACGUUACCCUGAGCUGUGAUAUGCAAAUAAAUUUACAAGAUGUUCCUCUGGAAGGGGGACAGGAGUUCUUUGUGGACCUACAGUGUUAUAUGACUGAUAAUGUGGAUGCAAAGACUCUACUAGUGGCAAUGAAUAGUCUAAUCAAAGAGAAACCAGAAGUCAGAUGGACCGAGCUGAAUUGGUUUAUUAAUUUAAUAAAACAAAUACUAGAAGUGGCAAUGAACAUUAAAGUAUUGAAUCACUUUUCAAUAUAUGAGAUAUUACUGUCACUGUUCAGCAGUUACGUGGAAAAUUUCCGCGGAAAUUUCGCUACGUAUGUUUUGAAGCCAAUAUUUAUGGAUAUUGUUGCGGAUUUAGAACAAAAGAUGGAAAAGUUGCAUUCAGUCAAUGUGGAUAGCAUGGUGGUAGUUGGAAUAUAUCUAGUAACUGUGUUGCCCGCUCUUGAAGACAGCGCGCAACACGGAGAGUUUUUGCAGAGAUGGAUGAUAUACAGCAGCAUAAGAGCGCUUCCAGUAAAGAUUUUCUCAAUACCGUUAAAGUGGGUAGCAAAUCACAAAAGCGAAUCGCUCAAAUUCUAUUUACAGCAUCUUAGAGAGUUUGCAGCAACAAGUUGCGAGAGUUCCAGCGGCACAGCGAUCCGUAUCUACAUCACGAAUCUGGUCACGGAACUGGUGAACAUGACCGACCUGGCCGAAGAUUGUAUUGAGAGCCAGCUACUGCCGACUAUCGUAUCGCUACUGCAUGAUGAUGAUGUGACGGUUCGAGAAACAGCGAUUUCAGCUUGGGGUAGCAUAACACGGACUUGUGUGACUCGCGGUCUGCAUUGCGAAGUACAAUGCUGGCCGCCCAUCGAUGAGUUGCUGGCAGGCACGAGGCCUCUUACUGGGAAGGAGUCUGCCAGGGCUGCAGAAGCAGUCUCUUUGUUGGUGCUACCUAUGGCUGAUCAUCACGAGGUGUCAGAAAAAGGUAUGCAUCACAGUAAUUUCCGAUACUCAUUACAGAGCACCUACAUAGAGGAUAUGAAGAAUGUUUCCGCUGUAAAAGCGUAUGCCUUGGCUCCAGAAACUCAUGCCAAAUUCAUUGAGUCGCGCGCCAAGGGCGAUCCUGACUACAAUAUGCUCGAUACCAGUGCGGUAUGCUGUAUGCGUCCUAGGAAGAAGAAGGAGUGA